GCUCGAUCUGCUGACAUGGGAAUUGGGGUAGCAGAUGGCGUAGGAGGCUGGAGAGACUACGGGGUCGACCCUUCUCAGUUCUCAGGGACUCUAAUGCGAACGUGUGAGCGCUUAGUAAAAGAAGGACGGUUCGUACCAAGCAACCCUGUUGGGAUUCUUACCACCAGUUACUGUGAGCUACUGCAGAACAAAGUCCCUCUGCUUGGAAGCAGUACGGCUUGCAUAGUGGUUCUGGACAGAACAAGUCAUCGUUUACAUACAGCAAAUUUGGGAGAUUCUGGAUUUCUGGUAGUGAGAGGAGGAGAAGUGGUCCAUCGGUCCGAUGAACAACAGCAUUACUUCAACACUCCGUUCCAGCUGUCGAUAGCGCCGCCGGAAGCAGAGGGAGUCGUACUAAGUGAUAGCCCAGAUGCUGCUGACAGUACUUCUUUUGAUGUUCAGCUCGGAGACAUUAUUCUGACAGCAACAGAUGGACUUUUUGACAACAUGCCUGACUACAUGAUUCUUCAGGAACUGAAAAAGCUGAAGAACUCGAAUUAUGAGAGCAUACAACAGACUGCGAGAAGCAUUGCUGAGCAAGCUCACGAACUGGCGUACGACCCUACCUACAUGUCACCCUUUGCACAGUUUGCCUGUGACAAUGGCUUGAACGUGAGAGGGGGAAAACCAGAUGACAUCACCGUCCUUCUUUCUAUAGUAGCUGAAUAUACAGACUGAAUUGUUUAAGAUGUCAACUUCUGAUACCGUCUUUCUCCCAGAGUUCCUAGCUUCACACGUACUGUUUCCUGCUGGCAGGAUUGCUUUCUUACGUUGCAGCUGAUCUCAAUGGCCAAUUGUCAAGCCUGUUGCCUGUCCUACGAUGCAAUGUUGAGAUCCUUUUAAGAACCACUACUGUAAUACACUGAUCCGUCUGCCAGCAAGAAAUGAGGAAAUGCAAGGCUUGAAGCAUGCCUUUCAAAACCCAGUAGUUGUUCUCAAGGUGGGGGAAACCAGACCCACGUGGUUACUGCUUUUUAAAUUGUGACUAGUUUCAAAUGAUGAACAUUGGUUGCUCAAAGUUCAAAAUUAGGUAUAAUUGAUUAAAAGUUCCACAAGAGGAUGUGUUUUGCUCUAUCUGCUAGAAACAUCCAUUAUUCAUCCAAGGAUAUGUUAAAAAGCAUACGUUCCUAAACCUAGUCUCGUUACAGUGAUAGCUGAGGAUUUGUGUUUCAAAAACGUUGUUUUCAGGAGGAGGAGAACUGCUGUAAAAGUUUUGCUCUUGGCAUACAUCGUGUCAGCUUGGAGCCUCUCCUAUUGCAGAAUUUCAAAAAAACCAAGAUUAGUUUAAGCUGUACGGAUGCAUAAGUGUGUUGUGAUUUCAGAUGCUUAACUGUGAUCUUAUCAGUGGAAGCUUUGCAGAUCAUUUGUCCAUAACGAGGCCUGGGCUGUCUGAAUGUCUUGGGCGUGGGUAACUUUUUUUUAAAUCAAAAAGUUGUUGUAGCUUGAACUCGCGAAAGCUGCCAGCGCUCAGAGUUGAGGUUAGCACAGAUUCUUACCCUGUCUCUGAGCAGCAUGUGAGAACAUGCCGUAGCUGCUGCCAUCCCUGGGAAAGAUGGGUGGCGUUAAGAGCAGGUAGUCCUCAACUUUGAACUUCCUUACUUUUUGUUUGAGAACUCACUACUGCCUAGCCGUCGCUCGUGUUAGUAUGGCCAUUCUUGCUUUAUGUAGACUAGAACACGCUUUACCAAAUUAAGUCGAUCCUCGUUCUGAUUCUCAAAAGUGCACCUCUUCGCUUAUGCUGUGGCAGCGGCAGUAAGUACACAAAUGGAAAAUAGUUAAUGAAUAACAAGCAAAACUUACAUUUCAGUAACUGAUGCUGAGGGUUUUCUGAAUGAUCCUUAAUGAUGUUUACAGUUAGCUCCCAGCCACUUGCGAUAUAAUAUUUCCUUAUGAAUAAGAGUAGCUCACAAUUGUUUCCCCCAGUUUGCUCUUCUUGAGGCUCAUAAAAAGCUUGUAGCUGGUAAAGAUAUAUAUAUUUUGGUCAGUUUUUCAUUAACUUUUUUUGCUGGUAGAGAAGUAUUUAGAAAUAAAUUAAAGCCAUGUUUUUAUAUAUAUAUAAAAAAAAAAAAAAAGUCGGGUAACAUUUGAUGUUUAGAUGAGUGCAGUUAAACUUGGUCAGUAAGUAAUCUUACCUUAUUUCAAAAGGAGAUUUUACUACCUGGUUUAUUGUAUUAAAACUGUUAAGUUCAAGGUUACCUCAACUUGUUUAAAGAUUUUUUUGUGGAGUUGUACUGUAUAUUUGCAUAACUAUGUCAAGCUCUUAUUUUAUUUAAAAUCAUUUAACAUGUACCAUGUACAUGUCAUUUUACUAUAUUUCAGUGCAUCAUGCUUGUAACAGGCAUUUCAUUUAUAAUGAGGAUGAGUGAUUAAUUUUGGAGCGCUUCAGUAACUUAUGUACUAUUCCUAAAUUGGCAUAAUGUUAGGUAUCUACUUCAAAACCACCUUUUAACUUCUGUAAAAAUGCCUUAACUACCCUAUCUUGACCAAAAUGCUAUUUUGGUGGGGUGUGGGGAGGAUGAUGUUAACAGAGAAAAAUCCUUAUUUUGUGAUAAAUGGAACAGCACGUGGCGGACACCUUUGCACAAUCUGCCCAGUCCCUUUUUAUUUUUAAAAACUGAACAAGCUGUACUCGGCUGUUUCUUGUUGGAAGGAAUGUAUUCAUGCUGCAGUAUAGGGCUUUACUUCCCGCACCUGCAGGAGAGGCUUCUCUCUCAAUCCUGGGUAUCUUCUGCUUUUAGUUCUCCAGUAUUUACUGUCACAAUUCCUUAUUAGAGCAGACUUGGUCAA